AUGUUGUAUGAGUCUGCAUCCACUUUUGAAGGGAUGCGGGUUAUUGCCUCACAGAAACCGGAACAUGAAGCUCACCCGCCUCCACCUAAGAUUCCGCGGCUUAGUGAGUCAUGGGCGUCUGACCCGCACUCACAAAUCUCUGCUGGAGCAUUUCUAUCACACCCUAGUGGACUGGCAAUGGGCGGUGCAGCCACUGCCUUGGAUGCAGAUGCCUGGGUGGAGGACGAGUCUGGGCUAGGAUUUGGUGAAGGCGAGCACCUAUGGUUUGCAACAGAUCAGGAAGGAGUUGCGGAGUAUCAGCAUGGCGUCUCCGCUUCUCGGGGGCCUCCGCUGCCACUUUCUGAAGAAGAGACAUUCAGUAGGCCGUCGACGCAUUUCUCUCCUGGUAGCGCAGACAGCGGUGACUACGGUGUGAUGCCUGAUGCCUGGCUCGAUGAAUAUUUAGAGCGCUUCGAUGCUGAAUCUCUCUACCAAAGCGUAGAUGACAAUGCACCACGACAACCAAUGGUGGAGGCGACUCCGGCUGCUUCUACCAGUACAGGUUCUAUGGGAGUUCUGGGCGACGUUGCAGAUGCCGAUCGUAGGACGCCACGCGCAGACGUCGGUCAGGAGAAUGCGGCGCAGUCAACCCAUAUGGAAGCAGUGCAACAGCCUGAACAGCCAGAAGAAGCCUUUGCCGCUGCUUUGGGAUCUUGGAGAGGUCCAGCUUCUGCUUCAGCUGCGAGCACGACCAGUAGUGAAAGUGGGGAACCCUGUGGUGCUGCAGGCAUUGAAAAGCAUCCUUUUGUGCGUUUGCCAGUGGUGAAUCCGAAGGAUAUUCACAGACGUUUCCGUAGUGAGUUCGUAUUGUCACUCUAUUAUAAUGAUGUUAGCCCAAUGACGUCGUACGUGACAAUGCGCAGUUUGUUUGCCAAGGAUUCGCUGACAGCUACAGAGGUGGAAACGCUCAUGAGCGAAGCAGAACUACUGGCAAACUAUGCAGCAAGCAAACUGUCAAAACCAUCUAAGAGAAGUAGCGCUAGUUACAUUGUUAGGAAAAUGGCAUCUUUGUUUAUGGCAUUUGACUACCUGGUGUGUACAAUUGAAAUCCUGGGAGAAAAUAUGGAUACCGCCAGCUGGUGGGAAAAGUUUGUGCAGAUGUUCCAAACGGAUUAUACUUUUCCGGAACACACGAGCCUGUUGAAAACGCAAGAGCUUAACAGGCUGGUCAAUCGACUGAGUGAUGCACUGGCAGUCUAUAAGCAAAAAAAACGCCCGAAAUUUAAGGAAAUAAUUAGCCUGAAAAGGACUAUUCUUACUAAGUUCUCCAAAGGCAGCCAGUUCUCCCACCCGAGCUGGCAGGCAUGGAUACAAGAUGACUUGAACUUCUCUCCUUCUAGUGGUGAUUGCGUAACUUCUUCUGACAGUGAAGCAGACGACUGA